UUCCAUCGUGCUCGCACUCGACACCGCCGUCUUUUGUCGCAUUUAUCAACAGCCCCAAUGUGCCUCUGGCAACUGGUGUUGCGCAAGAGCCAGACUGGCGAUGAUCGCCUACCCCGUGCCAUGCCACCCGUCCUUUGUCCGGCUGAGGCUCUACUUCGGCGCCGGCUAGCCUGUCUCUCAGAAACUAGUCUUCUAUCUUCCACAAAUGUUAGCAAUAGCUGUGUAACAAUGUCGUCCCGAUUGGGCCAGACUGGCCGCAAUUCGGAUCGGUUAGAUCCGCAAUUUGACGCCUCGCUUGCCAUGGAUACUGAAGCAGAAGAGAGGGAUGAAGAGGAUCUGGCCACAAUGCAGCGAAACUUCCUCCAUAGUUGCUACCAUAGUUCACUACUCAUGUUUUCACAUUCAGACAGCACAGAUAACGAGGUUAGUCAGACGAUCCAACGCCUUGUUGACCUAUUCUGGUUUCGCACGUGUUCCGUCACAAACCCAUCUAUCCCCUGUGGCGCUUCGACGACUGCCGCUGUUGCUUCUCCAGCAAGUUGUCUUUGGCCCGGUCUCCUCAGCAACGGCAUAUUUCGCCUGCCUUACGGCUUGGCAGGUCAUGGCCGACUGAAACCACUAUCCAAUCACCUGAUCCGCAUGAUGUCCGUCCACUUAAGAACACUGUAA